UCUUCAAAGAAGCCCCCUGCAACCUACUGCUCACACUCACAGCACUAAAGCACACAGAGACAGAGCUCAAAGCCUCGAUCUUCUCUGUCGCCGCCUCUCGCCGGCCCCCCUCUCGUCGCUGCGCCGCUCGCGUCUUCCUCUGCGUCACCGCGCCGCACGCGUCUUCCUCUGCGUCACCGCGCCGCACGCGUCUUCCUCCGCGUCACCGCCGCUCGCGUCUUCCUCUGCAUCACCGCGCCCCUCGCGUCUUCCGCUGUGCUUUGCCGUGGCUCAGUUCUCUGUCGCCCUCUUCUCUGCGUGCGGCCAAGGAAUACUGUGACAUUUUAUUGGAACAUUGAGGCUUUGGUUCUGCUUCUGAACUUCUGCAGAGGUUACACAAUUUUGGGCUAAUACACAUCAAGACCAAGACACAACCUCUCUUCCUCAGCAACCCCCUUCCCUUUGCAUUCCUUCACUGCUUGCCGUCCGCCACUCCUUGCCACUGUUUGCCGCUGCUCUGAUCCGUCAUUCUGCUUUGCCCUCUGCGGCUGCCUGCCACUGCCAUGUGCCUUGCCUACCCGUGUCUGCCACCGCUCUACUCCUUUGCAUCGUGACACUCUGUUUUGUGUCUCCCUCUCUCACUAGUCACUACAACCCUAUAAUGUUUGAAAAUGACCAUUUCCUAUGCUCACAUGCUUCAAUUUUCCACUAGUUUCCUCAAUGGCAAGCUAUCAUUUACCAGUGACAAUAAAGGGAGAAGGACACACAUCUUACCUUUUGCUUCGUUGGAGAGACCAGACAAAAAUAUUGUCAUUGACCCCAAGUUUUGUCAGGUAGACUCUCUGCUGGACAGUGUAAAAUGGGAUGAUAAAGGUUUGGCUGUGGCAAUAGCUCAGAAUGUUGACACUGGAGCCAUAUUAAUGCAAGGUUUUGCAAAUAGAGAAGCAGUGUUUACAACCCUAUCUUCCCGGAAGGCUACGUUCUUCAGUCGGUCACGGUCAACAUUGUGGACCAAAGGAGAGACUUCUAAUAAUUUUAUAAAUAUUCACGAUGUUUUUCUUGACUGUGAUCGUGAUUCUAUAAUAUACCUCGGGAAACCUGAUGGACCUACCUGCCACACAGGGGCAGAAACAUGCUAUUAUACAUCAGUCUUUGACUCACUAAAACAGCAAGAGAUUGAAGGAAAUAGGUUGGCAUUAACCUCUUUGUAUUCAUUAGAGUCGACAAUCUCCCAACGCAAAGCAGAGUUAGCAGAAGAAGAGAAUGGAAAGCCCUCAUGGACUAAGCGAUUAUUGCUCAAUGAUAAGUUGUUGUGCUCAAAAAUCAGAGAAGAGGCAAAUGAGUUGUGUCAAACACUAGAGAAUAACGAGGACAAGUCACGUACUGCUUCAGAGAUGGCUGAUGUACUCUAUCAUGCGAUGGUACUGUUGGCAGUGAAAGAUGUCAAAGUAGAAGAUGUUCUGCAGGUUCUUCGGCAGAGAUUUUUCCAAUCUGGUAUCGAGGAAAAGAAAAGUCGAGUAUCCAAGAAAUCAGAGCAAGAUUGAACUUAAUGUUAAGUACAUAUCUCAAGCACUGUAUUCGGAUUUUUUGACAUAUCAGGAUGUACUAUAGGUGUUCUUAUCAUUGUGACUGCUGAGGUAUGCAUAUGAAAGUUGAGAAUGUCAGGAGCACCAUGUUGAUGUUACUUUUCAACUUCGCUACUAGAUAUCAGUUGUACAUUUUUUAGAGGUUUUCUUAAGUUAAUUCAAGUAUUGCAUUCAUGCUUAUAUGUAGCAAGAUGUAAUUCUGGAUUGAAGACUUAUCUGCAUAACUUUUUGGUCUUCGUAGUUAUUUUGUCUCAGUUGGAUUGUUA